AUGGCGCUGCGCCAGCUGCUGCUGGCUGCCGAGCGCGACCGCCAGCCGCUGGACGGCGCGUUCCUAGCGUUCGCGCGCGCGCUGCGCCUGGCGCCUCCAGCUGCAGUCGAAGACGAUGAAGAAGCCCCAGUCCAGCCCUCGCAGGAAGACGCGGCCGCGCUGCGCGCGCAGUUCCUGGCCGUGCACGCGCAGGGCGAGCUGCUGCUGCGCGUGUGGCCCGAGCAGCACGGCCUGGGCAGCCGCUGGGAGAAGCGCGAGAGCUUCGCCGUGUUCCUGCACGUGGCCGUGCACCUGCUGCAGCACCAGACGCAGCUGGACGCCGCCCAGGCCGAGGCCUUCGCGCUGCGCGUGGUGCGCGAGAAGGCCGCGCAGCUCGAGAAGCUGCUGAGCUGGAGCGACAAGCCGCUCAUCGAGUUCUGCGCGCUGCAGCUGCUGGGCUGCGUGGCGCGCGUGAGCGGCGCGGCCGCGCGCGAGCUCGUGCGGCUCUUCAACUUCCAGAGCGCGGCGUUCGUCAAGCUGGCCACACGCCGCUGGAAGAAGCCCGAGGUGGCGCAGGACGAGGAGGGAGAGGAGACGCUCAAGCACGCACCCUUCCAGCUGCGCGCGGCGUACGUGGACCUGGUGCUGGCGCUCACGGCGUGCCCGGACAAGAGCGUGCACCGCUUCGCCACCAAGGAGGGCGGCGUCACGGCGUCGCUGUUCAAGAGCAUGGACGGCGACUCGGCCGAGAUGCUGACGAUGAUCUUCGAGAGACUGGGCGAGCUCGUGCUGCACAACAAGGAGGUGGAGCACAAGAGCAAGCUCGUGGUGUUCAAUGCCACGUGCGUGCACCAACUGCUCGCGCUGCUGCAGGUGGAGGACGACGAAGGGGUGCGCGAUACGGCGCUCGGAGUGCUCAAAGCGCUGUUCUUCGACGACAGCGCGCUGUACAUCGUGCCGCAGAAGCAGGCGCUGAGGCUGUUCCUGUCCAAGUCCACAGCGUCGAGCUCGGCGCUCCCGGAGGAAGAGGUGACCACGUCCGAGCAGGCGUACGCACUCAAGGUGAUCCGAAAUGCCGUCGGAACGAUCGGCGUGAAUGAGCUGCUCCGCAGUACUCAGGCGCAGACGCUCGUCAUGCAGUUUCUGGAAAAGUACCCCGGGUUUCUGUCCGAGUACCUGGCGGCAUUGUCGUUUCAGCUGGAGCCCAUGCCCGUGUAUCGUUGGUUCUGCGUGGCCUCGCUAGUGCAGAAGUUGCUGUCGUGCUCACUGGAUGCUGUCGCGAAUGGAAUGCCUGCAGCUAAGAACCCAGACGCGCUGUCGUCGUGGUGCUCUGCGCAGUCUCUCGCCUCGCGGCUCAUUGCUCCGGGUAACUUCCGCAAGGAGCUAUCUCGCUGUAUCCAACACACCAACAACCUGGUUAUCUAUUCGUCGUUGGGCGUGAUUGAGGCGACGCUGAAGCGCUACGUGCGCCUAGCCUCAUCCAUGGAAUCGCUGGGUCUUGCGUCGGAAGUGCAAUCUGAGCUGCGCUUCCUACUUCCGAGCCCGGAGGCGCUUGUCUCGUUGCUUCUCAAACUGUGUGCGUCUCAGGAGCGAAGCAUCGCGCUUAUUUACGUGCGUGCUCUCACAGUGUUCCGCCUGUACCUUGAGUGCCUACCGCAGGCGAUGCGGGAAGUGAAGGUUGAUUUUACGAAGACUCUUGCUUGGCGUUACUUGGAUGGCCACACUGACGAAAACGCGGAGACCUUGCCGGCACCCAUGCAGAGCUUGAUCGUCGGUGAAAUGCUGCGGUUCCUGCUUGCAGUGGAUACCCCUCGUCUUCGCUUUCUGUUUACUAGCGGCAAUUCCGGCAAUCGCUCGAAACUGCAGCAAAUGUUGCUGUUGUACGUUUCCACUCCAAGUGAAGCGGUUCAGAAGCUUGCAGGACAGGUUCUUCAGCGAACCUUGCUGGCUUCAGACAUUUUUGGCCAGGAAACACAGCACCGGCAAGGAGGGACCGGAGGACGCGCUAACGAAGAGAUUGGGUUUUGGCUCGAGAGUUUGCGGCACGGCGGAGGCAAAACUUGCGCUGAAUUUACGGAACAGCUCGCGCGUGCGGUGAUGUCGGACCCGCUGAUGUAUGUUGCUAUUGGAAGACGUGUAGUCACAGAUGCAUCUUCGCCAUCGUCGUCGUUGAGCCCAAUCACUGUGGCCCUGGUGGGAUUCUUGAGUUCACGCGGUGGAGCUGCUGGAAAGCCAGACCUGUCAGCAUACCGUGCUGACCUGCGAGUUGUGGCAUUUGCGGUGCGCAUUUUGCUUGCGCUGGUGCCAACAAGCAAGCAUCCGCACCAACUUGUCGCCCUGAUUGCAAGCAACGAUGCGUUUGCUGAUACGCAGCAAGAGGAAAACGAUGAGACAUCCAGUGAUGACUCAAACGGCAAGAAGCGGAAGCGACCUUCUGGUGCUGAUGACAUCGAGCGCGAGGAUGAUGCGUACGUGUGGCUUAAGGCUCACUGUGAGGCUCUGGUUUCCGGAAAGCCUGUUUCUGGCAAUGUAUCCACUCCGAAGAAGAAAGCGCGUGCAGCUAACAGCAAGUGGUACCGCUUUGGUGACCCUGAUGCCCUCACGGGGGCAUUAGUGGUGAUGUCGCCAGCGGAUUUCACUUCGAAGUGGGAGCAUAUUGUAAGCAACUGUGCAGACAUCGAAGAAUCAUUCAGCCCGGUCCUCCACUAUUUGUCAGCACGAGGAGAUGUGGAUAUUCUAUCGCUCCUGACUUCAAAGGCUCAAAAGAAGCAAGCGUCUUCAUCAGCCGCAACAGAGACAUUCAAGAAGGUUGUACCCGCGCAUAUUGUACUCCAGCACAUUAUGUUCAGUAUUGCGAGCAAUGAUACCAAGAAGCAAGAUUUGGCGAUCGCAGCGGUGUCCGACUUGGUGAGACGUCGGCUUCGUGAUGAUCAGUUGGCUGCGACGGACGCAGCGCGUAUGUGCGAGCAACUGCUGUUCUUCCUUUCAUCAAGCCACCCUGGAGUUUCCGACGGAGGCUACUCGCACCUUUGUGAGCUACUCCUGCUUCUACAUUUCAACAUUAUUGCCUCCAAUGAGUGUACUGUUGCUGAUGUCGUGGAGCGCAUUUUCUUCAAAUUGCGAGCAGUGGUUGCCAGUACUUCGAACAAGUUGUUAUGGCGACAGCUUUCUGCGGUGGAGAUCGUUACACUGCGAGUUUACUCUAGCAACGCGCCAGAAGCGGACCUGUCGUUGCUGUGUGAUUUUGGUGGUCUGUUUCAACGCGCUGGUGUCCCGCUAGUGGCUAUGUUGUCUUCGCGUAUUCCUCCCAGUGCCCGACUUCCAGUGCUCGAUGGUUUGCUGACCCGGUUCAACGUGGCAACCUGUAAUGCUCCUCAUGUGGUGCUUGUCGAACGUACCCUGAAGUCUCUAGGAAAUGAGGGUGAGAGUGGAGACUCUAGCAAGCAAUACUUUUCCUUCUCCGACUACAAGCGAGCAAAGUUGCUUACGCGAAAGCUCUGGCAGCUUCUUACCAGCAGAAACAGCGAGCGACAGAUGCCGUUCUAUACGACCGGAUUUUCAGUACUGGGUCACCUUGGAGGUAUCGAUGCCUCCACAGCCGUUGACGCUAUUCAGAGCUCACUGGUAUCGCUUGUUGUUCAAAGCGCACGUACACCCGUGCAGUGCUCGUCUAAGGUGCUUCGAGCCAUUGUUGCGGCAAUUCAGAGUGGCAACGACGCUGCAGCGUUCCCGACGAUGUUUGAGCAAGAACUAAUGAAGCGCCUUCGACAGGAAAAGGAUGAGCGAGUGCGGUGUGCUUUGGUGAACGCGGUUUACAAUGUGUUCACGCGGAUCACGAGCCCAGGAUUACGUCAGUUCGCCGUAAAUUUGGCCCCUGUUUGCUACGAGCGUGUGCUCUUGGGCUCCCAGAAGACUCACACGGCAGAGCUUGCACUUUUGAAGCAUCUAGCAAGAUUGGAGAACGAUGGUGCAUUGCCGCCGGCCCACCUGCUGGGACUGCUGCUUUUAUUGCGAGGCGAUGACACCAACAAAACUGUGGACGUAAGUUUGCUGCUGGUCCUAGUUCGGAGCUUUCAAGAGAAGCAGUUGUCUGCCUUGAAAAUUGUGCUCCCUCUACUGACCGAGGCGCGUGAAGCUAUCAAAACAAGUGGCUCUCAGUCUGCUUUCGAGGCUUUUGUGAGCUUGACUGCAGCUCUGCUUCGUCUGGUUGGAAAUGACGCGAAUGGAUUGGAUUACGAUUUCGUUGCCCAUUUUGAUGCCCUCGUGCUACACAAGUGCUUCACUCCAACCCUGCAGAACACUGACAACAGUGCUGUGCGACUUCUGAUUGUUCGCGUUGUCUCGCGACUCACUCGUAUCACCGGCAACUACACGAGGUCGUUGUUGCAGACGUUGCUGAACGCGUACUCAAUGUCGCUUUCACCUUUCGACCGCAGCUUGCGGGUACUCUUUGAAGAUUUUGAAGCCCAGGGCUCUGGACUUACCCUUGUGAGCAUGGGCUUCCGCUUUGGUGCAUUCUCGACAGUUUCGCCGUCAGCAGAAGCUUCCUUGUCGUCUAAGCGCUCUCACAACGACCUGGUUGAUGAUUCGGCCUGGCUCCUUGGUGGAGGUAUUGAGCAAAACCGUGUUCGUGCUACGAUUGAGUACUUUCCGCUGGAUCGUGAGGUUUCGACCGAGGGCGAUGCAUUCCUCUUGAACCUUGAUGACGAACUUCCUGUUGAAAACGGUAACGACAACGUCGAACUGACCCUAGCGGACAACGGCGAGAAGGAGGCCGAAGCUUACGAUCCUGCGUUCCUUCUGCCGAUGCUGUCGCACUUCGUCUCCUCGUCGGAUUUGCCGGAUGGUGGCAUUGUGCAGCAAGGCUUGCUUGGCAUUACCAUCCGCGCCAUAUCUUCGGACGUCGAGAAAAUCCGUGAAUACGCGUACGGCAUCCUAGCGCAUCUGCACGAGGCUCUGCAGGCUACUACGGAAACCUCAAGCGAUUUUAAGGCGGGACGCCAAGUCCAUCUGUUACUGGAUGUUUUCCGCCGUGGCGUCGAGGAGCAGCUUGAGCAGGUUCCAUCAGUGGUUACCGUGUUCCUUAAUGACGCGCUCGCUGUGCUGACUCGGCCAACCCACGUGCUGUACCCUCAAGUGAACCAUUUCCUGCUGGCUCGUCCUGCGAUGGACCUGGCUGAUGUCCCGAUGUUUUACUCGUUGUUCAACAGCCGGGCUCCGCUGACCUUCCGCCAAGAGCGCUCAUGGCUGCUGCACGCGCUUCGCCGUGGAGUACGCAACGACGACGACGUGGCAUUGCUUGUGCGCCGUCACGUGCUUCCGAUGCUUUUGAGUUUCUACUCCUCCGAGCUGGCUGAUACCCACACGCAACCUUUGAUCACGAGCAUUUUGCUGGCUGCACUUCGUACCCCGUCGGGUGGUGCAUACUUGAUCACCAAGGCAGCGUUGGUGGAGUGGCUAGCCGCGCAAUUCUUGAGGCAUGGAGCUGCCUCCUCGUCCACGAAAUCGCGCAAUGAUAAAUCGUCGAGAUCGAUGAAGGCGGCUUCGUCGGCGCUGCUGCUUCCUCUUAUGACACUGUUGGAGCAAGUCCUGCAGGAUGCAGUUUGGGAUGAGCUUGACCCAAUCCAGCAGCAUGCGACUGCUUUGCAGGCAGCAAAUGCUUUCGCAUCGUUGCAGGUAGCUCUCGCGGGACGCCGUGCUGGUUCUAAGAAUGACCGCGCAUUAGUGACGAAGGCUGCGCUCGUGACUGAGCUGGUUGUUCGCCGUGCUGGCUCGGUUUGCUCCGUGCAGUUGCUGCACCAGGCUAUUGACGUGGCACGACUGCCUUCUUCGUUUGAAAGCUCAAGUACACGUGCCUAUGGCUGCGCUCAGAUGGUGGCCAACAACCUCUCCCAAUGGCUCCUGCAGCAGCGCCACCACGAAGCGCAGAAACUCCGCUUCCCCGACUGGGCGAAAUUGCUACGUCAGGUGGCCUCGACACUUGUCGCCAGCUGCACCACAGCUACGUUGGCCGAGCAACAGCAAGCGAGGGUAGCCCUCGAACAACUCAAGACGGUUCUGGACCAGGUUCCGAGCCUCAAGCAGCUUGUGCUAUCUCCGUCAACUCUAAACAAGGAGAACGCAUCUACCACCACGUCGGACUACGCCCCAGCACUGCUUUAA